AUGAAUAAAUUCUAAGAACUUAUAAUAAAAUAAAAUUAGAGGAUUCGUAAAACACUCAAUUAAAAUCUCAUUAUUACAGGAUAAUUUUUUUAUACUCUUAUCUGGAUUUUUAUUGCAACAUCAAUUUUAGGAGAAUAAAAAGAUGACUUACAUUUUAAAAUAUUUUAUUAUUUUAGUUUACCAACUAUUUCAUUGCUAUUCGAUAUUGAGUAAAUCAUCAUUUAAAGCUUAACGAUUAUUUUUUCAUUUACAUUUCUUUUAUCUAUUUUAAUGGGAGGAAAUUAUAAAUAUUCAAAAAAGAUUGUUGAUUUGCUUUGGGAUGCUUAUCCAAAUAUAUGUUAAAUCGUGAUUAUUUAAAAUAGUGGGCAUUGUUUACUUAGGGAUAAUGUAAACUUUACAUUGGGAUUAUUAAAUAUAAUAAUAGCUAUCAUGAAUUCUCAACUAUCUAGCUUAUAUUCAUUUUCAUAAAAUUAAACUCAAACAUUAAUUAAAUCAUAUUUUGAAAGGAGCUUCAUUCCUUUUUGUUAUUCAGUUUUAGCAUUAUUUGCAGGUUUGUAAUUAAACAAUAAAUACUUAUCUUAUCUAUAUUUAGGAACUUAAUUGAUUUUUGACCUUUAUUUUGGGAUACUUUAUUACAUUAAACCUCAUAUGCAAUAUUUAAAUAUAAAAACUUAAAGAUAGGUUGUAUUAUUUUCAUUUUUAAGAUUUCCAAUACUUGUAUUUCUAUUUUAUUAUUAAGGCAAUAGUAUUUUAUUUUUGUCUUUAUUUUCUCUUCCAAUUAUGAUACAAAUUCAUCUCAUCCUAUGGGAUAAUAAAUUUAUGGAAUUAAUAUAUCGAACAAAUAUGUUUUUUCAAUAUAUCUGUCUUGAUAAAUUCAGAGAGAUGGAUAAUCAGAUAGAAUGUUAUAUAGCAUAUUAUUUUGAAAUUAUUGAUUAUAAAAAACCCUUAAAUAGGGUUUUAAUGCUGAGUAUUUUUUGUAAUCAUAUGAAUAUGUGUUAAAAUAUCAAAUGUUUCUGUUAAAAUAGAAAUUUUCAUGAAAGUGUUAAAAUUACUACUCAAUUAUCACUGGAUGUUAAGGAUAUUUAAUAGUAAAUAAAUUAUGCAGUAGCAGAAUAGGAUAUUUAAAUGAGUUUUAAGGAAUUGAUGUUGUUAUUCCUUGAUAAUUAUAUAAAAAGUGUAAGAUAUACUACUAUAGGUGAAACUUUAAUAUUAAAAUUAAGUUUAUAUGAAAGCUAAAGUUUUCAACAGAGACUUUUCUAAACAAAACUUCGAUUUUCAUAUCUAAAAAUAUUUUAUAAUAAAUUUCAUCCCCAAUAUUUAGAAAGAUAGGCAACUUGCUCAUUGAUUACUAAUAAAUUAUAAACUUAUAUAGGCGGAGUUAAUAAAAUGAAUUUUGAUCUAUCUGUUUCAUUGAGAUAUUUUAAAUUGCUUGAAAAUAUCUAGAAUGAAAUUUAUAAGGUGAUAGAAGAUAAAAUAGUAAUUUUAGAACUUUUGAAAAGGAACUAUUAAAAUCCAGUUCCAUAUCUGUUACAUAAAUUUACAUAAAAUUAUUUAGCUGAAUGUGAUUAGUUAGAAAUAUUAAUAUAAUAAUUAGUUUAGCUAAAUGGGAUAUCAGCUGAAGUUAGAGAAUUGUAAGAUGAUUUCUACUCAUAAAUAAAAGUCGACUAUGGCUUCUAGAACUUUCAUAAAAAAGCGACGAUUCCUUUUAUAAAUUAAAAUUAAACAGCUUUUGUAAUUUGUGAUUAUGAAGGAGAUCUAAUCAUAAAAGAUUAUUCUAACAAUUUUAUUUCCAUGAUUAAUGUAAGUUCAUAAAUUAAGGGAGGUGCUAUUGAAUCAAUUGUACCUGUAAGUUUAUAACAGUACCAUAGAUAUGCAAUAGCUUAAAUGAUUAAUACAGGAUAAACUAAAUUGGUUAAUAAAGAGUAAUACAGUCUUAUGGUUAAAUCAGAAAAAUAUAUAUUAGAAGUAGAUGCAUUAUUAAGAUUUGAUUAUAGAUAAUUAGACUUUCUAAGGUUUAUUGGUUUUAUGUAACUAAGAGAUAAGGAUAGUAUUUUGGUACUUGCUAAUGAGAAGGGAAAACUAGAUUCUUAUUCUAGAUCUGCUGGAAUUCUACUAAAACUAGAUGAUGUUGAUUGUGAUUCUCUUAAUUACUUUUACCUAUCACCUUGUUUAUUAUCAGAAAAAGCAGAAUUUGAGUUUGAUGGAUUUUUGUUAAUUCCUAAAAGACAUUUUAGAACAGAUAUAUUGGGUUAUAUGAGAUUUUUUUUAGGAUCUCCAGAAGAAUGUUAUAUUUUUUUAGUUAAUGCAAAACAUUAAAAAAAAACUUACACUUCAGUAACAAUAUAAUGCUUAAAGAUAAAUUCAUUUUACUAAUUAAAAGAAUUAGAUUUUAAAAUUAUAGCUUUAGAUAUAAUGAUGAGAUAAAUUAUGAUUUUGAAAUAAGUUAGUAAAUCUUAAUAUAUGGCACCAGCUUAAUCUGCUCGUAAAAUAUAAUCUUUCAAAAAGACUUUUAAAUUUCAUUAAACUCAUACUAUCGAAUUUACUGAAGAAGAGUACAAUCUAAUAUAUGAAGAUGAUUCAGAAAGAGAAAUUAAAAUAUAAGCUAAAAAUAAUAAUAUUCUUCCUGAAUUUAUUCCCUCUUUAGAUUCUAUUAGAACGUAAAAUGAAAAAUUAUUAUUAACAUUUGAAUAAUAUCGAGAUUAUCCUAAUACUUUAAGUAAAGAUAAAUCAUUUGAAUAAUAAUAGAAACUUGAUACUUUAGAAGGUUCUAAAUCUGAUUAGGAUUCAUGUAAAUUAAAAAGAAAUACUCAUUAACUAAUUGAAAUAGAAUUAAAUUCAACAGAAGAUUAAAAUAUAGAAGAAUAAUUAUAAAUAAUUUUAGCUACAGUGAAAACUAGAUAAACAAGAAAAGAAUUAUUGGAAAUGAAAAAUUAAAUAAAAAACAAACACAAAGCUAGUACUUGGCAUGGAAGUGGAAAUCAAUAAUCAUAAAAAAAAUUAAUUAGAAGUAUUGUUAAUUAAUUUUAAAAUACUUCUUUGAGUUCAUUAUUUUACAUAAAAAUAGUUUCAUGUUUUUUAAUUUUAAUUAAUGUGGGAUUUAUCUUAGGAUUUGUAAUUAAUAGUAUAUUAGGUAUAGCUGGUAUAUAAAUGGAUUCUAAUAAUCAAACUUAUCCACUAAUAUUAUUUCAAGAUAUCAAUUUGGUUUUAUUAGGAAUUCAACUUACUGAUUGGAAAGAAUCUAAUUUUGAACUUGCAAAUAAUUUUAUAUUAACAGGUGCUGAAUAAUAUUAAAAUUUAAGUAUAUAUGUUAAUGAUGUUGAACACGAUUAUCACACAUUUCUAUAAGAACUUGAUUAAGAAAAGAUCCUUGUUUAAGAAUUUGGACUAUAAAUUUCUUAUAAUAAAAAAUACUUCUUCAAAAAUUAUAUGGUUGAAAGACUUAGAACAAUUGCAGAAACUCCUUAUAUUGGUAUUUUUGAAGAAGAGAGUCAAUUUCUAUUUGAUAAUUAUCCUGGAAUAGCAAAUUAAUUGUGGAAUUUAAAAAAUAAAACCACUAGAGAUGUAAUUGAAAGAGUAGAUGAAUUGGAUCAAAUGUCAAAAUUAUUAUUGAUCCUUUCUAUCAUUUUUAAUUUUAUAGCCAUAAUCACAUACCUUAUAAUUCUUUUACAUAUCUUUUAAUGGAGAAAUUAACUUUAUUCAACUUUAUUUUUAUUUAGCAAUAUUUAAACAUUUAUUAAUUUAUUGUCUGAUUCAAUUAGUCGUCAAAUACUCUAUUCACCAGGAACAAAGAGUGAUGAUGAGGAAAAAAAUAAAAAAAUUGGAUUAAUUUGGUAGAUUUAUGGAAUUCUCACAUUUUUUAUACUUUUAAUCAUCUCUUUGGGUUUCUACAUACCACUUUUUUUAUAUAUAGAUUCUGUUAAUUUAUAAUCUAUUGAUGUAAAUUAACUACAAACAGAAUUAGCAAUGAUGUAAUUAAAAUAGUCUGUCAUUCUAACAUGGUUAGCUAUAAAUUAAACUGAAACUAAGUACAGUAUAAAGUUAGUACACAACACAUCAAUUAUCCAAUAUGUUAUUGAUUAGUGUACACCCUCAGAAUAUUUUGUACUUUAUGAUCUACCUUUUGAUAGUAAAUAUGACUAUUUUCCAGAAAUUUAGCAAUAUUCUACUGUGUCAUUAUGUGAUUGCACCUUAUUGUCAAAUUAAUUAAAAAAUGGAUAUUAUGGAUUUUAAUCUUAUGUUUCCUAACAUCUAUACGAUUUAGAAUAGUAGGAUGACAUUAUGAAAGCUUAUAAAAUUGUCUUUGAAUAUUAGAUUAAAAAAAAAAAUGAGUUUGAUGAUUAUAUGCAAACUAGAUUAGUCAACACUUAAUUAACUCUAUAAAUAAUUCUAAAAAUAAGUGUGAUAAUUAUAAUUCUAAUUCAAACAUUAUUUCUUUAUAUAAUUCAUAGAUAAAUCCUAAAAAUAGUUUAAUCUGCAAAAAGCAUCAUGCACUUAUUUCCUCCUCAUAUUCUAGCAAAUAAUAAAUAUACUUUAUAAGUAUUAAUAUAGGGUGGUACUUAAUGA